UAUUAUUUUAUUAUUAUCGCCAGAGCUGUCAGUCUGCGAAAAUUAUUUUAUUCUCUAAGCAUAGCUGUCCUUUGAGCUCCUCUCGGAAAUAUUUUGACGGUGUAUAGUGAAUUAAUGGUAAAAUACGAGGAAUUGUUUAGAAAUUCGUUUGUAUAUGACAUAUUUUCUGUAGUAAAAAAAGCAUGGACUGGAAAAUGUAAAAAUGUAAAAUAUUUUAGUCAAUCCGCUUUGGGUGAGCCGACGGAUGCGUUCUAAAAACUUGUUGUAAUUCCCACGUCUCCGCCGGAUGGCACCGUCAUCUGCUCCACGAACAAGUCACAACUUCCGCUGGAAAAACGGAGAAAACGUAUCCAAUACCCACCCAGAAAAUCAUGUCAUAACCUCGGUGCAAAUAUCUCCUGUCACUUUCGACCAUAUUUUUCCAAUUAAAAAUGUGAAUUAAUGUCCCUCACUAGACAGAGUGAGGACGCUUGUGCUACGAUUAAUGUACCAAUUAAAUCAACAAAAUGAAUAAAUCCGAGAAGCUUCUGGCUGCUAGGAGAAAGCUGAAAGAGUUUCAGCAGCACAAACUGAAUAAUAACCACUACAACCAAGAGGGGAGUCAACUUCAACAAGAAAACACGCAGGUAAACUUGCCUGCUGUACCUCCAGCGAUUCAGGACCACCCGAUGGAGGAUUUGAAUGAGUCACAAACGUCUCAUCCAAAGAAUAUCUCCCACACCGGACCACCAACCUCUCAAUCCCCUUCCCCUGCUCCAGAACCUUCCAGCAACCUGAGGAACGAGUCUCCAUCUCAGUUUGUCCCUCCGCAGAUUUCAGAAUCGCCAAUUCCCUCAAAUCUAAACCCCCAGGACCAUGAAGAAUCAGAUCCACCCUCUAACACCCCUAUCCUGCAAAACGGAUCCCUUCAGCUGGAGCUGAACCCCAAGUAUUCCCCAGAGGACUCUCCAUCCCUCCAGAAGCAGCAUCUUCUGCAGAUGGCGUCGCAAGUAGCAGAUGCCCUGGUGGACGCUGAAAACGAAGGGUCGUCGAUGCCUAUCUCCUCGGACCUGGAGUAUCAAACUCAAUUUCUCACGACGUGCCUCGACGAGCAAAAACGCCUCGUGAAUCAACUGCACAUCCAAGUGAGUCAAUACAGCUCUCGAGUAUCUGAACUAGAGGCACUGCUCUCCACGAAGGAAGCUGAGUACGAGUCCAAGCUUCUCCGAGAACUGAACCCCCUGAAAGAGCAAUUGAAAGUGCACGCACAGACGACGGGAAUUCUCGUAGCAGAGAAGGCAGAAUUGUCCUCAGCGAUCAGCCAAUAUCAAUCGAUAUCUCAACAAAAAUCGACAGAGGUGGAGGACCUCUGCUUGAAGCUGAAAGCUUCGAACUCGAAAAAUGCGGAGCUAGAACGAGAAUUAUCUCAUUUGAAAAACGCAACAGAAGAGAUGAGAAAAAACUACCAUCAGUUGCAAUCAGAUUACUCUCAUCUCGACAAGAAGUUCUCAGAACUGAAGAAAGAUAAGGAGGAGCAGCAGCUGGAGACAGCUGAGCUUCGACAGGACCUGAAUCUGAAGAAUACGGAACUGUCGAACCUUCAUCGAGAGCUGAACGACAAGAAAAAUCUGUUGUCAUUAUCUGAGCUCAAGAUCCAACAACUGGGAAAUCCUCAGGAGAUGCAGACGUUGGAGGGUCAUCACCAGGUACAGUCGAUCCUCGAACAGCAGCUGUCUCAACUCCGAGAGACUCUGAAGUCCGUCAAUGCUGAAAAGGAAGAGACCAGCAAAUACUACGAGAAUUAUGUCAAACAGCUCGACAGCAGAUAUGAAACAGUGGUCCAGGAGCUGGAAACUGCGAAAACUAGAAUUGGUGAUUACGAGCAGCGAGAGGAGAGUUUCGUCCAGAGGCUCUCGGUAAUGGAGCAGCAGUAUCAGAGGGAGAAGCAGAGAGUGGAAACUCUUCUUCCUCUCGAGGCUCACGAGGAGAAGAUCAGCCAUCUCACGAAAAGCAUGGAUGCCCUCGUGGUGGAGCACGAAGGGCUGCAGUCGACGAUUCGUGAGAGAGAGGCUGAGAUCGAGGCCAUGAAGGAAGAGCUGCAUCAUCUGCGAGAGCUCAAGGAGCAGAAUGUCGAGUCCCUGAAAUUGGUUACUGCCUUGGAAAGUGAGCAGUUGGGGGCCUCCAGAGCCGUCUCCCAGAAUCAGGAGCUCAAGGCACAGUUGAACGAGAUGCACGAUGCCUUCGUCAUGCUGAGUAAUUCCAAGCUAGAUCUGACGGAGCAGCUCCAGGGCGAGCGCACCAUUGGGAGAAAACUAAAUGCAGAGUUAAAUAAGAUUGAGGAUGAGAGGGAUGAGUUAAAGGAGGAGCUCAAGAGAAAGGACGCUGUAAUCGAGGAACUUGAGAGGGAUAAAUUACAGACUGCUCAGGUCACUGAUCAGAUGCAGCAUUAUCAGGUGCAGUAUAAUUACAAUAGGACUCUGCAGCAGGAGCUCCAGAGGACGAUGAAUGCGAUGGAGCUGUUAAAGAAGGAGAAUCAAACGUUGAUAGCCAAGUUACAUGCCCUUGGCAGGGAUUCUGGGGAUGUUGAUGAGGGAAUCGCUGAGGAAGUUGGGGAGGAGGUCGAGGCAUCUGUGGAGGUCCCGAUUGAAAAAAAGAAUUCAGAGGUGCAGACCUUGGAGGGCCUCGAGGGGGAGAUCCUCUCUGAACCUCUCAAGAAGCUCGAGAUGAGGUUCAAGGAAACAAUGGAGAAAGUCGCUGAAUUAACCGAUGAGAAGCAAAAGCUCGAGCAUUUGGUGCUCCAGCUCCAGGGGGAGACUGAAACUAUAGGAGAGUACAUCACUUUGUAUCAGAAACAACGUGCCAUUCUUCAGAAGAAAGCUCUGGAAAAGGAGCAGACUUUCAGACUACUGGUGGAGCAGAGGAAUCAACAGCAGGUGCAGCUUCACCAGUUGAAAGUCCUUGUUGCUGAAUUGUUGAGAACCCAGGCGGGAGGCAAAUCGGGGGAUCACUCCGUGCCUCAGGAGGCUCUCCCGAAAGAAGAGAAUCAUAUACAUGGAGAAGUGGAUGCUGAAAAACCACGAGAGGACCCGAAACAAGAGGCGUCUUCGAUGGAUUUGAAAAAUGAAACAGCAUCCAAAAUCCUUGAUCUUUUGACAGAAAUAAAAGACUGCAAGGACACGUGUUCCCUCGAGCCGAAUUUCCAUCCCUGUCUCGGGUGCUCCGGAAAACUCAUCACAGUUUAGCGAGAGUUUGCUACUAUUUUUAAUACGAAACUUGGCCUUGCAUGUAAUUUAUUCAUUGAACACAAAGAUAAUGUAAAUAGCAAUAGAGUAUUUCCGUGUUGUGAUUACGAUAUUUUGUCAGUCUCUCAAGAUUUUAUUUACGAUUAUUAAACUACAAUGUUAAUAUA